GGACGGGUUUCUUUAUUAGGAAGCUUUUCUUCUCUUCUUCUCCUGAGCAGCUGAGCUCGCUUUAUUCUUCCCAGCAGCAGCAGCAGCAGCAGCAGCAGCAAACAGCGCUCCUCACUAUAAAUAUAAACUCUCUCUCUCUCUCUCUCUCUGUGCAGAAUGUAGGUAACCUCUUAAGCUUGAGAGCUGGCUAGGAAAUGAUGAGGUAUCAGCGGAACGACGUUGGAUCUGUGGUGCUCGAACGCGCUGGGGGAGGGAAUUUCCGGCUAUGGCCGGCGGUUUGUGGAGCGGCAUUUCGGCGGAAGCUAUUGGACGCCAUGAUGUGUGGAGUUUCUCGCAACCGUCAUGAGGAAGACUCUGGCAUUGGUUCGCCGGUGCAGAUGCAGAGCUUGAAGCAGAAACAGAAGCAACAGAGGUCGGGGUCAAAGAGGAAUGCUGGAUCAGGGAGGUUGUCGGAGCUUUUGAACUUGUCUCAGACGUCGGAGACCGGGUUGGAGGAUGAAACCGAGGCUGAGACGAGGAGGAAACUUGAGGUUUUUGAGGAGCUUCAGGGAGUGGUUAAGAUAUUGCAGCUUCAAGAGGGAUUGCAGCAGAAGGAAGCAGCCAUUGAUGUUAGGAGGCUUGCGAAGGAAGAUUUAGAGGCGAGGACGACACUUGCCAUGCUAGGAGCUAUUCCUCCUCUUGUCGGAAUGCUUGAUUCCGUUGAUCUCGAUUUUCAGAUAGCUGCGCUCUAUGCUCUUCUCAAUCUAGGGAUCGGAAACGAUACGAACAAAGCAGCCAUUGUCAAAGCCGGAGCUGUUCAUAAGAUGCUUAAACUCAUAGAGUCUGCAAAUGAGUCGGUCUCUGAAGCAAUUGUCGCCAACUUCCUCGCUUUGAGCGCUCUCGACUCAAAUAAACCGAUUAUUGGCUCUUCAGGCGCAAUACCGUUCUUGGUGAAAACCCUGCAAAAUGUGGACAAGAGAAGCAGCGCCCAGGCCGAGCAAGACUCUCUCCGAGCAUUGUACAAUCUCUCCAUCUCCCCUUCAAAUAUCUCUCAGAUUCUAGAAGCCGGCCUCAUUCCGUACCUCCUGAACAUGCUUGGUGACAUGGAAGUGAGUGAAAGAGUCCUGUCGAUUCUCAGUAAUGUGGUUUCGACUACGGAAGGCCGGAAAGCAAUCAGCAACUCGCUAGACGCAUUCCCAAUUCUGAUCGACGUCUUGAAUUGGACGGAUUCAUCUGGGUGCCAGGAGAAGGCAUCUUACAUUCUGAUGGUGAUGGCCCACAAGGCUUACGGAGACCGACAGGCCAUGAUCGAGGCCGGAAUUGUAUCUUCCCUUCUUGAAUUGACCCUUCUGGGUAGCACAUUGGCGCAGAAGAGGGCUUCGAGAAUCUUAGAAUGCUUGAGAGUGGACAAAGGCAAGCAAGUUUCAGAGACCUAUGGUGGGAAUUUGGGUGUGGCCGUGUCAGCCCCAAUUUGUAGAACCUCUUCAUCUUCAACUGGACAGAAUCGCGUUUUGAAGGGUUUAGAAGAAGACGAGGAUGAGAUGAUGAGUGAGGAGAAGAAGGCAGUGAAGCGGUUGGUACAGCAGAGCUUGCAGAACAAUAUGAGAAGAAUUGUAAGGAGGGCAAAUUUGCCUCAGGAUUUGAAUUUUGCACCGUCGGAUCAUUUCAAGUCUCUCACUUCAUCUUCAACUUCAAAGAGCUUACCAUUCUGAGAACUUGGAGUUGCCAGAGAUCUGGAGUACCAAAGAAUCAAAAAGAGGCAUGGAAGGACCCGUAAUCCAAGUCAAGACACUAGAAGUGGAGAAGCUGAAAUCUGCAUUUUCCUCUCCCCAAGGUAUAUAUUAUGUAAUGUUCAUUGUCGGGUUAUAGUCAGUCAUUGAUCUUCUUAGAAAUUUCUCAUAGUUCUUUUUUUCUUUUUUUAAAUUUUCUUCUGUCAUUUUUGUUAUUUGGCUUUUAUAACCCUUUGUAAAGCUUAUUACCCAUUAGCAAUUUUGUUUCAUUUGA